GAUUAGUGUCCGAUUAAUAUCUAAUUUAAUAAAAAUAGUUUUAAAAUGAGUUAUAUUUUAUAUUUGCAGCUAAUUUUCGCAGUUUGUGUUAAUUGUUAUUUAUUGAAACCACAGUUUGAUGGGAAAGAUGUGACAACCGAUGUCUUUCAAUUGGAUUGCCUCCAAACUCACAACUAUUAUCGGGAAAAGCACUGCUCUUCGCCUCUCAAAUACAGCCCAAAACUCAAAUUGUUUGCUCUUAAAAGAGCGACUCUAUUGCUAUCGAAUGUGGGCACUAAAGCCGCUUCAUUCAAGAACUCAGCCAUCGGUGAGAAUACAUUUAUCAUGAGAUACGAUAACUCGACUCCGAUUGACUGCAAACAAGUCGUCCAAAUGUGGUAUAAAGUGAAAAUCAAUUACAAUUGGAAACAACAGACAAAAGCGAGGCCUUCGUCGAGACAUUUCGUACAACUGGUUUGGAACUCAACCCAAAGGAUUGGCUGCGCGACUGUCUAUAGUCCACACAUCCGAUUCGUGUCCAUUGUGUGCGCCUAUCAUAAUGUGGUGCCAAUCGGGCGAAACAUAUCGGAC